AUGGCACGGGCGGGCUCGGCGGACGGGGCGGGUAGUGGGACAGGGCAGGCGGAGGACUGGCAGGACCCUCCCACGGCACCCGGUGAGGUGUCCCCGUGGACAGGGUGCGACUUCAUCCUACAGCAGCCCCUUCGGGCACCGGGCAGGACCCCGGCACGGCGGGGGUGCCCUCCCUGUUCCCAUCACCCUCCGUCACUGCCCCAGAAAAUUCCCUACUGCUGUCCCUCCCCCGAAACACCGCCGGCCUCGGCCUGCCCCACAGACACCACCCUGCAGGCGCUCCCCGGCCCCGCCAAGCUCCCACCCCCAGCCCCAGCCUCUCCCAGCGCUCUGCAGUCCCUGCCCCCGCAAACAACUCCUCCGCCACCCUCUCCCGACACCGAGCCCCGCACUCUGCCAGUAAAACCUGUCCCUUCUCCCGGUCCCUCCCCAGGGCCCCCGGCAGCGCCUCCUCCCCAGCCGGUGCCGGUCUCCGGGUGCUCCCUGCGGGUGCAGACGUGCGGAUUGCCCCGCGGGGGCUCCCGUGGGUGGCGGUGGGCGCGGGGGCCGCGGCUCACACCGGUGCCAGCGCGUUCCCUGACGCAGCCGGGAGCGAAAGCCGCGGAGCAGCGGCUGCGGCUGCCAAGGGAGCGCUGCCCGCGUCGGGGAGAGACCGUGGCCCGAGGGAGGGUGGCAGGUGCCAACACCUCUGCCAGGAAUCUCCCUGCCUUCGUCGGCAGAGUCGGUUACUCAAAGUUUCCGAUGGGGCUGACGCCUUUUGACGAAAGGGAGCGGGGCCCUCCCCUGCUGCGCGCCCACCGCCUCCCCCUGUCCGGGGAGGGGCGGGGGGCAGCACCCCGGCCCUUUGGCUCCCCGGCCGCCCAGGCUUCCAGGCUUCCACAGGUGUGGGUGGCAAUUCCAUCCCAGUGGCCCAGAUUCCAUCUGCGCUCCGGUGGCGGCGGCCACUUCGGUUCUGGGGACAUGUGGGGACCUGCCUGGGGCUGUCCUGACGCUGGAACCGCACCGGCGCUGGUGUCCGCGGCCGCCCCAGCUCUGGGGCACGCAGGGACCCGCCGGGGGCUCUCCAGACGCCGGAGCCACACCGGCGCUGCCAGCGCUGCUGUGCCCACGUCACGGCUCCUUCCAAGGGCAGCACAGCCGGUGCCGUCCAGCCCGGCAUCGCUCUGCCGGGAGGGGGCUGCGGGGCCAGCCGCGGCUUCCCCAGCCCCAGGAGCGGGGCGGGCAGAGCCCGUGGGAGGUGCUGCCAGCCCCGCAGGUGUUUUGCAUGAGCAUGGCACAGGGAUGCCCGAGUGGGCGUGGGCGGCCGGGGUGAGCCCGUGGGACAGAGGAGGCGGGGAAGCCCCUGGCUGCCAGCCCGCAGAGCAGGACACGGCAACUGUCCCGGCUCUCAGCCAGCAGCUGGACCCCUCGCCCUCCCCCGCAGGGCCCCCCUUCCCCCCAGGCAGAGACCCCCGAGUCCCCCUGCCCUCUCCAGUCCUUCCCGGAGGCCGGCGCAGCCCCGGGGCCUCCCGCCCGUCCCCACCUCUUGGCGCCGGAGCCGGGCGCGAUCCUGAUCCUGCAAACACAAACAGCAUUGCCCGGGCAGAUCCGAGCCGCGCUGACAUCACCGGGCGGAGGGAGCCGGCUCCUGUCGAGACCUUUCCCCGGGCCGGGCAGCGAGCCCGGAGCACGGCUGGGACAGAGGAGCACGCGUAA